CAAUAGUUUGUUUCGAUAAAUUAGAUAAUAACGAUACAUUUACCGAGUUAUCUAAUUUCAAUUCAAGGUGGGAGACAAACUAUACGCGAUUAAAAACUAUCGAAUGUAAAUGUGAAUGAACUUUUUAUGAAACCGACAGAGCCACCGUCAACAUCAUCAAAAAUUAACCACGGGACGUAGAGUGCGUGAAGCUAGGUUCUUUAAAAUUUCUCCGAAGUUUUUUAUAUUAGUAGAGUGCUGAAAUAACGACCACGUUCAAACGAUGUAAUCCUUUUUUUUUAAGAUUUGUGAAAAGUAUUCACUAUGGAGUAGUGCAAGUGCAGUGGAUGUUUAUAACCGCGACGGUGGAAGUGUCAGUAGGUGGAUAGGAGGAAUUAACUAGGGAAGAAUUUGAAGAUGAUAUCGCAUAAGGGAUCGGCUGCAAAUCGUGGUAAUACGUUAUGAGAUGCAUAUAUCAGAGUUUCAGCUUUCCUCAAACACCAUCUUGACAAAAUGUUCCAAAAUGACAGAAGAAGGGCACAGAGUACAUGGAAUGAAUGGGAAUGCUGACAGAAACAUUAAGGAGGAGUGCCACAAAACUAAUUAUGGGCAAGGAGGACGUCUCAAAUUCUUCAAAGAUGGCAAAUUUAUCCUGGAACUGGAACGGGCUAGAGAAGGAGAAAGAGUUUCCUGGGUGUCGGUCCCUCGAAAAACAUUUUGGCCUCCUCAGGGCACCGCCUCUUCCACACCCGCUUAUAGACAAGAGAGCAGCACGUCCCUUAGUGUUUCAGAUGACAACAGUUCCAUUCAGUCAUCCCCUUGGCAGAGAGACCAUUCUUGGAAACAGACGAGUCCCAGUCGUAACAUAUCAAAGGAAAUGAUGUUCUAUUUUUGGAAGCCUUGCAACAAACGGUCCAAAAAACGAAGCAGAAAGAGAAGAAAUCCCCAUUCGCCUACUCCAGAAUCUCAUAAUGAAAAUGUGAAAUGCAGUGAAAGGGGUAUCUUGAAAAUGAAGAAGGAAAAUUGUAAACGCUCCUUACUUACGAUUGUUCAGAGUCUCAUGGACAAAGGUUUCAGGACAAGUACUCCUCCUCGAGCCGAAACUGUGGUCUCUCCCAGAAAACGCUUUCUUCGUGAAAUGGAAAAAGAUAAAACUCAAGGCGAUGAUACUUCCCAGAAGAGAAGUCGUAACAAGUCCCAGUCCAAUCAUAUGAUUCCUACUACUUCUCCAACAGCUUCGGUAAUGGCUGGUAGUGCUAUUGUUACAAAUGGCAUGGAUGAUACCAAACCUCUCCGAAACUCUAGUUACAGCAUUACAUCUUUGUUGGCUGAAGAUCGUAAUGUAAAGAGUUCACCUAGUAACUCACCUAGUCACUUUUCAUCAGUAGGACAUCCGCAGUACUGUAACCCUGCUGAAGAACGUUGGUAUUCGGAGAGUGUCAACAGGUUGCGGUCAAUAGAGCUGUCGCAUGUGGAGAAAUGCGGGGUUUACCCGCCCUAUUCUCAGCAGCCGUACAUGGGUGCCCCCUAUUUGUACCCCUUUCACCCAGUCACUCCUUACUACCGCACAGGCGUUUAUGGCAGGGGGUAUGUAGUGCCUUCGAUGUAUCACACAUCGCCACUUCAUAUGCCAGUCAGACAUGAAACGCCUACUUGCUCUUGGGCUCUCGAACCUGGCAGAAGUGGAGAACAUGGUGAAGAUCAUAUUACAGAUAUGCCAUUAAACUUGUCGAAGCAUUCUGGUUGAAUCAGUGUGUGCCUUCCAAAAUUUCUGAUGCAAGAAUGGGUUUUCUUUCCACAACUCGAGAAAAUUGUUCUUUCAAAGAGAAUUUUAUUUUCAAGCUUUAGAGAAAAUACCAUGCAUCAGUAACAUUCAGUCUUCGGACAGUGCUUUUGAAGCCCAAUGCAACAAAUGCAUAAACAGAUCUAGCUUUAAAGCAUGAAUUUGUGCAAUUGACAGCUCUACAAGCAAACAACUGUAGAUAACACUAGGUGUACAUACAAUAUCAGAUAUUUUGUAUAAAUCCAUUUUUGUAUUAUUUUUACAUUUUUAAAAAAUACUUAAAUAACCGGUAGAAAUACUUUGUGAACAAAUCACUUAAGUAUGUAUAUAAGGUUUUGCAAUCGUGUAUAUAGUAUGUCAAACAUAUCAUUUCACUAUUUAUUCAAGAACGAUUCAGUAUAGGUAAGAAAUCCAGUGUUUUUCCAGAAUAUUUUCUACAUUUAAUGAUCAGGUGCUUCCUCUUAUUGUCAUUGUUUUGAAUUAUCUUUGUUCUGGUUUUUUGUUCUACAAACUGAUGCAGAUAUUUUGUAACUUAUAUUCAAAACUGGUUUUUGAAGGAUACUAUCAUUUAAACUCAUUUCUUUUUUAGUGUGAAGAAUAGCAAACCUCCCUACCUAAUUGAUAAGUAAAUUAUAAAAAUACCUCUUUGAUGAUAAAAACAGAUCAUAUUGUAAAGGUAAAAAGUGAAAAAGUGGUUUGUUAAAUUUUAUUCUUGUCAAUCAUCAAAAUCUGUCUAAAUAUUUCUUGGCAAUAUUUGAAUUCUUGUUAACAUUAAACAUAAAGAUAGUGGAAUAAACAUUUGACUACCACUAUCGUAAAAUAUGUCAUUCAUUGCUAGUUAUUCAUAGAAUACAUUUUUCGAUAUCAAGUAUGAUUUUCGAAAUAAAAUAUAUUUCAAUAAUCAGAAAAAAAUGUUAAUAAAAACAUUUUAAUACAAAGAAUAAUAAUUUCAGUUGUGAAUUCUAACAACAUUCAUCAUCAUGAAUUUAGUAUCAUUAUGACAGUGUAUGACCCAUUAUUAUCACAAUUUUAAAAAAAUUAUGAGCAAAUAUAGGAACUACAUGUUUUGGCAAACAAAGAAACAACUAAGGUAAUUCUCAUAAAGAUACUAAUAAUUUAAUUUGACGUUACAUGGUCAGGUUUAAAAUAUUGUUUUACUUGGCAAAAAAUCAUUUUCUGGAAUUCUCCGACAUUAACACUUUAUUGUCUAAAAAUUUUAGUCUAUCUUGAUUUCAAACUGAGUAAUGCUUUUAGACAAUAAAAAUCCAAACCUCAAAUAAGAAGCAGCAAAAUGUAUGCAGCAAAUAUAACGUCAUAUUUUUUGUAUUGAAAAAAUAUGGUAGAAGUGUAAUAAAAAAUAUAUUAAGAAAGAUUAAUGCAAAAAAUGUUGAUUUAGUUUUGUGAUUUACAUUGUCCACGAUUUUAUGAUGAAUUAAACAUAGAAAGUACCAAUAUAUCACUCUGAACUAGGUUAAUACAUGCGCGAAUUUUUUUUAAUUGCUCAACACAAUGAAGCUUGUUCUGUUGUAUUUGGUAUGUCCUGUGAUAUUGUUCAUUUGAACAGUUUCUGUGGCUUGUUUCACUUUGUUAAAAGGCAAUGUAAUGUCAUAAAAUAGAUUUGUUUCAGAUUGGUAGAACUUUAUUAGAAAUGUACAAUGUAAACACUUGAAAUAUCUGUUUCAAGAGAUCUCAAAUUGACCACCAUUUGGUGUUACUAGAUUUGGAAUGUUUUUUUAUAGUUCUUUUCAUUUAGUUCUAUAUACAUACAGCGUGGUCAGUGAAGCUCGCAUCGUAUGGUGUUUUUGAUAGUUUUAUUUGAAAUUUGACUCGGGCAUCAAUCUACUUGUAUCGAAAUAAAAAUAACCCAAGAAAAUGUAGUCAUGUUAUUCACGUUAUCUGCUGAAUCUUAUUUUUUUCCAAAAGUAGAUAUUUAUCAAAGCAUCUAAAAAAAUUUAUAAGUUUAACAACCCCUAUAAUCUUGAAGGUUAAAGUUGGCAUAAUGGUUCGUUCAAGUAUUACAUCUUACCUGAAAACUACUGAUAUAACCGAGUUUUCAAACUUCACAUUUCAGUUUUACACUUGAUGAUGGGAUUAAACCAGUCGUAUAAAUACAAUUAACUAGCGGUAAUCAGACAAAAGUAUUUUUAUUCAUUUCAUUAAAGUGAU